AUGACUGGAUCUAGGGAGGAAGAAGUCACCAAUGGGAAAGAUCAACCCGAAGUAUCAGAAGGUCAGUCCGAUCCCACGAAGGAAAGUUCUCAAUCUGGAAUCCCGUUUGAAGGAAUAGCCCAUGUGUGGGGAUACUCUGUCCUCCACUUUGAUUUCCGUUCAUGGAUAGGCUCCUCAUGGUUCAGCACACCAACAGCACCUGGAACCCUGAGCUCCUCAGGAGGGUGGGGAUUGUACUUCUUGGAUCAGCUGGGGGUGUGGACAUGCGGAGAUUUUUGGCCAUGGGUUGCCAGAUGUUUGUUAAGUGCCAUCGUGGUUUUGGGAGCAAUUUUGAUUCUCUACUUGCUAUUGGUUAUCUGCCGGCCCUGUCAAGCUUUCUGCAAAUGUUGCUGCAGACAGACCAGAGCAGUAGCCAAAGAGGUGGGGGAGCUCCUCCCCGAACUUAGACCUGGGGGCACAUACGAAAAGCUGGAUAUCCGUGGACCCGCCUCUAGCGGGGGCGUCGAUUCCGAAUUCUACCAACGAGGCGUCAAGGGUCGAGGUUCAGAAAGAAAACCCAAUGACGUAGCUGUUGUGGUGAAUGACCAAAUAGCUCGCUUGAAGGUAGACGGGGAUCAUUGGGCACGUGUGGAUCGAUACGGGUUAUGGGUUCGUCUCCGUGGAGUGAAGGGUUCCACGUCGAAAGCGCUUCGCCAAACGUUGGAACAGGAGGGGAAAAUCCAUCUCUGUCGCGAGCAGCGGUGUCCGCUUGAAUUGCAACCAACACCCGGUCUACAUUGCAAAGCUUACGCUUCGGUGGAUGCCAAUGGGCUGGUGGAUUUGGGAGCUUAUGCAGGGUGGUCCACCCGCAGGGUGAUCGUCUUGAUGGGUCGAUGGCUACGUAGAAUGGUGCGGGGGCUUAGUCUCUGCGUGUACUAUCUGACGGGAUGGUUCAUUCUCAGACAACUCUGGGCAAAGCGGACGCCACCCAGAACCAUAGUCGAAGGAGCCGUCGUCAGACCCUUGGAUGCGGAAUCUGAAUCUGAAGUAGAGGUACAAGAUGACCCUUGUGAGGCCGUAUUAGUCGGUUUGGAACAUGGAGGCAAACCGAGAGCAUUGGCCACAGACCCAUGUGCAGAUCGGGCUAUCGGAGAGCCGGUCCGGCUCCUGGAGAGGGACAGAGAACUCUCUGACGUCAAAAGGAGAUCCUCCGUCAGGCUUUGCGACCAUCAUCGGCAGCUCUACGUGGCGGCAUGUUCAAGCCGAAAAUGCAGCGUGUUGGCUUGCUACGAACAGGUUGAUGGUGCCAAACAGGGAGUUCCCCUCUGCAAGCACCACCUGACGGACCUUGGUGGUUGUGCUCGCCCUACCCGCAGGGUUAGCUGGACACAUGAGAGAGAUAGCUCCAUUGCACGAUCCGAGGCAUCUAUGUCCGAAGGAGAAUGCCUCACCCCUGCACGAAGAAGCCGCCGGAUCAUCUUUGACGGCGCUGAACGACUUGGGCCCAGGGCUGCUUCGGCCGAUCCUAGUGAAUCCCAGAAGAAGAUUGAAGGCAAGCUUGAGAAGGGCCCGUGCAUGGUGCUCCUCAGACCAAAGUCAUUACAAACCGCGGAGGCCCCACCCAGGUGGACUGCAUGGUUGGGGCGCAUCGAGGGGUUCGCCGAAGAAGGGCGCAGCCAGGAGCUGCUCGAAGUCCACAUCCCUUCCUUGAAGCAAACGUGUGUGAUCCACAGAAGGCUGUUGAAAGGGUCCCCUCGAGACAACGGGGCGGGUCGAAUUAGUAAGCAUUGGGUGCAGAAGUUCCUUCAGCAUACCCAUGACGAAGAAGUCGGCCAAGGGAUAUCGGUCUUGGUCGCGCGCCUGUCCGAAGACCAAGCAGCGGCCCUGAAUGCCUGGGACGGUGAGGUGACGGAUGAAGGAGCGAAGCCAAGUAAAGCCUGGCAGGGGAGACUCUACCGGGAGAUCCUCCCACAUGCUGAUGCAUAUUUGCGUGAAGAAGCUGAGAUGUCCGACGACUUUAUGACACCGCCAAAGCCGAAAGUCGAGCUGGAAGAGGGUGCGGGACCGGCGAUUCCACCCUUCCCAGACCUAGAUGAUUCAGAUCGCCAGGGAAGAAUGGAGGCGGCUCGAAGAGCUCUUGACCAGCACAUUGAGGGAGAGAUAGAUUCCGAAGUGUUGCAGACCGUGGCCACUGCCUUCGACCUAGAUCAUGAGCAACUGGCUCAGUCGAUGUAUGCGAGGAAUCACCGCCUUAGCUACUCGAAGCCAACGACACCACCAGGAUUGGGAGCCGACCAAAGCGAAAUGGAGUUUGCAAGAAGACCCGUGACGGCAACUAUGCCAGGAGGAGUGACCGUAAAGCCAGCAGUCCCCCGGCCGGCGAAUCCACUUCUGCCGAGGAGCUCCUCCUCAAUCUCCCCGGUCCAGAGAGGUGGAUUGUCGCUCUUUCCCAAGGGGUCAGGCGGUCGAAACAGUCUCGUGAAACCAGCAUCGGAGCAGAUGCCGGAGGGCAGAGCAGGAGCCACGUUCGGAGAAGCCCUCGGAGACAGCACACAAGUCCAGAGCGCGGACCGCAUCAUUCACGCCAUCGACGGUCUGAGAAGAGCACAGGAUGACGACAAAAACCUCACGAAAGGGACCUUGAGUUCUAUCAAAGAGGCGGAGAAGAUGGACGUCUUCCUGGCACGAGGCUGUGGCACCCUGACCGUUGAACUCGCACCGGGAGUGUACGGGAAGGAACUUUUCCACGCGGGGAAAAGGGUGGCAAAUCACGCUCGCCAUAUGCUGCACUUGAUCAAAUGGCCGGUGCUGAUGACCAACAGGGUCCUACUUGGCAUCGCUGGUCUGUGGUGGGGUGGCAAAGACACCUAUACCUUGCACGCAAGUGACUGCGUUACCGCUCGGUCCGAGCAGUUGGACAGUUGGAAUCCGUCCUCCGACAACAAGAUCGAAAAUCGCAUGAGACCACCAGGAGUCUUCAACACUUGGCUCAGGUACGCGGAAAACUCAGUUCGCGUGUUUGGAUCCUGCUAUGGUACAGAGCAUAUCCAAGAAAGGCUCGAUUGUCUCCAAGCCCUGAAGGAGGCCCAUGAAGAAGACGAGCAUGCCUUCCCAGCUGCCUACUGCAUCGAGCUCUUUGAGGAACUUGUCGCGGCUUGGUGCGAAGAACUGCGAGAAAGCAGAAGGAAACUCUGCUCUCUGCUGGGGACCGAAAAUCCACGGCUUGAAGACCUGAAGCUGCUAGCUUUGGCGCCGGGAGCGGAUGGGCAAGCAAACUUCCAGUUUCCAAGCAUAUGGGAUCUGGGCGACCCGAACGGAUAUUACCAGACAGUUGUGGUACCCAGGCAGCAAAGGCAAAUGUCGAGGCUGCUCCACAAGCAGCUGCACGACCACAACCUCAAGCAGAAGAAGACAGCUGGUCCAGCUGAAGAUGAAGAGCCAAGGACAGGGAAAGCCCCAAAGCUUAACCUGAAAGACAAAGAGGCCGAUGGAUAUGCGGGCGGCAGCAUGAAAUCAGCCUACCCAGCUGGAAAACGGCUUACACAAGGAGAAGCUUCACGGUCCGUGGAGCACGCACCUAAGGAUCCCAAGACCAACAAACCUAUCUGCUGGGAUGCGGCCACACACAUGGGAUGCACAAGAGGCGACAAGUGCCAGCACGCGCACGAGCCUUUGCCGGGAUUGGCCAAACUUGACUACACAGUUGCCAUGCAGGUCAUUCGAAGAGGAGGACUCAAAGGUGGGCCGAAAAUCGAUCCCAAAGAGGUCGACGGAAGGGUCGCUCAGCUGCGAACCCAGGCAGCGGCGGAUAAGGCCGACAAGAUCCAACCUAGCAAGAAAGCGAAAGUCAAGCCCAAGCCAAAGGCCAAAGCUGGGAAGGAAGCUGAGGGUAAAGCUGAAGAAGACAAGGUUGGGAACACCCAGUGGGUCGCACCUGAAGACUAUGAUAUCCCUCUGACCCAUCUCGAGACUGACUUGCAAGAGGCGGUUCAGGGCCCAGAUGAGGGCUGGCUGCGAAUACCCUCACAACCCACUGAGCAAGAAGCCGCUCCGGCUUGGGAUGACCAGAGCCAAGAGGAGCGGGAAAGGCUGAAACGAUGGAAGUCGCUGGAGGAGAAAGGGGUUCUGGCGGCCUUGGAGUCGCCCACGGAUUAUCUCAGGUCCCAUGUGAUUGCACGCAUGAUGGCAGCACAAGAUGAAGGAUAUGAACUGGAGCUGAACCGGUGUCUCGAAGAUGCGGCAGAACAUGGACAUCCCGCGCUCUCUAAGGAAGCCGGACGUCAACUUGAGCUCCUCAAGCACGAGCCAAAAGCGGGUCACCAAGCGGAUGUCGAAUUUACGCCCAUCACAUGGGACGAGAGUAUUGGUCAUGGCCUGUUGAACUUUCAAGGAAACUUGUCGCAUAUCGGCUCAGUCACGGUCCGUGACUACCAGGAUCGCUUGAACGCAAAAGACAGCGAGGUCCCACUGCAAGACGGGCAGUUGGAAGAAGAGCGCCAAUGCCUGCCUCUUCAUGUGGGUGUCGGGUUAGCGUUGGCCGAUGAUCCAUCUGUAGAACUACGAGAGGCCGUAGCCAGAGCCAACCAGUUGAGAAAACAUCUCUGGGAUGAAGCAGUGGAGGCUCACGCACACCUUGGCGAUCCGCCAGCGUGGAUACCUGAGGGCGAGCACUUCUUGCGUCAAAACGUCCAUGAUUGCCUCUAUCCUCACCACGAGAAAGACUACCGCGCCUUGCAAACCCUCACAGGAUCCAUGCUGCAAGGAUACACGUUGGCGGUCCUCAGGAUUUCCUAUUUUGGUCGGUUGGAGGUCGACUUGCUCCACGGAGAUGAUGCUGGCAAUGGGAAGCUAGUUUUCGUUACCAUCCACCGGGGGCAUAUGCGCCUGCUUCUUCCACAACAGCCCCAGCAGCUGUUGGAUCACCUGAGGACUGCAGACAAGGUCACCAGGGAACUUCAAGUUGAACAUUGGAGGGUGAUCUUGGACCAGAGCAAAGUGGAGGAUCAGAUGGUUCCAGCCAAGUCCCCCGCCUGCACAAGAUGCCAGCAACAGCAGCAAAGGCCUUAUCGUGUUGGUGAAGGAUUCCCGUUGCCACCGGCUUCAUUUGAGUCCUGCUUGCAGGAUGAUCCACAGGCUCUUCAAAACAGCGGUGUGCCUCUGCGAAAAAGGCUCGCCUUCGCCUAUGGGCCAAUUGGUCAAGAGGUGUACGCUGGAUGGGCAGGAUGGACCAAGGGGCUUCAGUACCAGGGGAUCCCGUGCGGAGAACCCAUUGAAUACUAUGAGGACCCGAUCGAGCAAAAGGGCUUUAAGCCGCAGCAUGAUACCCGUGACCCGAAGGUCCGAGAACGAUUGCUGGGAUUAGCUGGUGCUCCACCAGGGCCCGAUGUCCCCAACACUUGGCAGCUUGGAGUCGUUUGUACUUCCUUCUGCGACCACCAGCUGAAGAACGGUGGCAGCAGGACCUGGCAACGCCCACAAGGCGACGGCACUCGUCCCUCUGAAGUUCAAGGAAAUGAAGACGCAGAGUUCGCAGCCGAACUUUGUACGGUUCUGGCGGACAACGGAAGAGUCUUCGCAUUGGAGAGUAGCGCGCCGUCGGGCCGCUACCCCAAGAUAUGGGACCUGCCUUGUAUGCAGAGGCUCCGCCGCCGCACCGGCGCAAAAAUUGUCUCUAUGGCUAUGUGCGCUUGGGGUCUGGGACCGCCUGAGACUGAGGAGGGCCUGUUUCAUCGCAAGCAUUCUUGGUGGCUGGUCUCCCCAGAACUCUACCCAUGGGCCUUGUUAUUCCUUGGUAGGCAGUGCCCAGGAGUCGGCCCGACUCACCAGCACGCACCCUUGAAGGGACCCAGUCCAAUUCCUCAAGUACCUCUCACUCGACUGGCACAGCAAUACGCACCAGCUUUGUGUGCAGCCUGGGGUCUGGUAGUCCGAGCAGCCUUUGAAGAAUGGAGCUGGACAACAUAUCUGCAAGAGCACAGCGUGCUCAAAGCCCUAGAGAAAUGUUGGACCGAACUGGACGCACCCCCUUGGCCGGCUGAUCCAGCCAAUACGUUGGAGCGAACCCUUGGCCAACAUUUGGCACCGGUGGUUGCUGGCCAAGCGGAUGGACCAGGCCUCCCACAUGGCUACACCUGUUCAGGCAGCGUCGACGACGCCAAUGGCCAAAGCACUGCUGAGAAAUACUUGGAGGUAUGCCAGAGUGCUUACAGCAAGGAGGCAGUGAGAAAAGCCACAGAGGCAGGAAAUGCGUUGUUGAGGGCCGCCGGCUCGGUGCCAAGAGCAGCUGAAUUAGUCAACAAAGCGAGGCUGAGGAAGUAUGGGGAACACUUCCAGAAGGCAAAGGAAGGAGCAUUGAAAGGGCUCAGCCCCCUACACGAGCAAUACUUGAAAGACUGUGUGCUCAAGGGCGUGCCCAGCCGAGCUAAGAGUACCCCCAAGAGAGAGAAGGCCCGAAACCACGGCUCCGUCACGGGGCACGAGGAAGAGAUGCUGCAGAAGGCAUGGAAAGACGCAUCUUAUGGGGCGGUACUUCUGUGUUCCACAGAGACCGAGGACCAAGAAGAAAAUCGGCAAAUCGACCAGAUACUGACCGAGAGCAAGGUGGCCGAGCACAGAGCAGUGGUCAGGCAAAGCCUUUGGUGGAGGGUGCGACACCCGAAGGUUCCACAGAGGUGUGCGAAACGCGAUGUGCCAAGGGCUUUCAAGUGGCACUUCCUCAAGCCGGGCGAUGUCCCUGAAUUCUGCACGAGGAUUCUAGGUGUGCUGAUCCUGAGUCUGGUGAUGGUGUUCGGUUGGGUAGGAGCGCCAGGGGAGUUCGUGAUAUGGGCCACCGCAGCCCAAAAGCACCACGGGUCGUUCCGACCAUGCCAUCCUCAAUUCAACGAUGUGGUUCCCUACACCAGCCGAUGGCUGAUGGAUGACGGCGUGGUGGUAGAGCCACUAGUGGGGAAUAGGAUCCAGAGAUCCCUGUCAGCAAUGGAUGCAGCUAUGGUAUCAGUCUGGGGCCCUGGAGCCAUCAAUCUCGACAAGCUCGCCGAAGAAGGCACCCCGGCAAAAUCCCAGCUCCUGUGGGGCCUCCACCUAGACUUUGAAGAACAGGUUGUGGUCCUCCCGGAACCGAAGCGAAUAAAGGCGAAGUAUCUCCUAAGAGAGCCUCAGCUUCAAAGGGGGUGCCAACGAGUUCGUACCAAGCUGCUCCGAGAACUGGCAGGGACAGCGCAGUAUUGGGCCGUCUCCGCUCCGGAGAUUGCACCCUAUCUACCAGUCUUUUACAGGCUCCUGCAGCAGGAAGUAGGCGAUCAUGAAUGGGUGAAACCCAGGGGCUCCGAGAGUGAGCUAGAGGCUGCCUGGGCUGAGUUCUGGGAUGCGCUCGAUUGGGUUCGCCUCCAGAUGGAAAAGCCUGGGGGAACCAGUUUCAGAGCAGCUUUCGGCAAGCUCCUGCCGUUAAGGGAAAGGCUCGCACUCCCUGGCAUGGCCGCUUCGGCCCGAUUCGUUGGAGGAGAUGCCACGCUAACCAGGCUCGGAAGCACUGAUUGGAAGGAUAGAUGCUACCACAUGGCGGACAGCAGCAGAUACGUCAGGGCCGUGAGCGAAGUCGUAGGGGGCGGAGAUCACUUGGAGAUCAUCGGAGUGAUGGAGCUUCUGACGUUCAUUGUCCUGGCAGCGGCGCGGAAGGAAACCUGGCAGGGGCAACUGAUCCUUUAUGUGACUGACAACAUGAAUGUCAAAGCAUGGUUACGUACCAGGCGCGCUUCAAACAGAUACGUGAGGGCGCUCUUGCUGCUGCUCCAGCGGCUCGAAGCGGAGAAUAGCUUCACUGUCGAUGGAGCGUACGUCCGUCCCUACCACAAUACUCUCAACGACUGGCUGACAAGGGAGGAUGAAGACAAGGUCCAUGCGGAAAUGGAAAGCAGUGGCUGGACCCGCCUCGAGCUCAAUGAGGACUGGGAAGGACUCCUGCGAGAAGCCAUGCGCCCCACGUUGAAGCUACCAGGGGAGAAGGGCCCGAGUGCAGCUUUAGCCAUUCAGCUGGCCAACGAACAGCAAACCGUGCAUGCCUUCCCCGCCAAGAUCGAACCAAAGCCAUUCAAAGGGGGACUCCACCAAAUCCGGCUAGGGUCGGAACUACUGACGUUCGAGCUGGGGUGGGCCAAGGGCGGAGGAUCGAUCGCAAGCCAGGCGCAAGCUGACUGGAUCGUCUGUGUUCUCACUCAAGACCCAAAAGGGCGGGAGGCAGACAUCCUUCUAAAAACCCUCGCCAGAACUGAUUGGAGAGGACGACUUAUCGUUGACCAGCCCAGGGAGCUCUCUGAAACCAGCCGAAAUCGCCUGAUGCAGCUUCAGGUUCAAUGGGGUCAGGCACAAGUGGUCGACUAUCAGACUUCACACCACGGCAGCUUCUUUGCCAGGGCCAGAAGACUUUGGCUUUUUGGAGGAACGGCCGACGAAAAGGAGAGAGUUCAAGCAUGGCGAGUUGCACAAGUCAACGAGUGUCAGAUGUUACCUCUGCGAUCCGCAGAGGAGCUCACAGGUGAGCGUCUCAAGAUCCCAGGAGGCACCCUGUUGGAAGAUGGGACGGGUCUGGUCCGUCCUCUCCUCCCAGAAGAGGUGUGGGAAAUGCAAGGGGGCCUCGCAGAGGAUUGGCGUUCCGCCGACUCGAAGAGAAAGGAUCGCAUGAUAGCAGCUGCAGUCCGGGAGCCAGGCUGGCAAGUGGCUAUGAGUCUCAUGCAGGCUCUGACUGGAACCGAUGGGAAGGCAGGAGUCCUGGACCCCGAUGAGAUCCAAGCCCACGAGCAACUAGAGGUCUGGCUGCGAGCGUGGGGGAGGAACCCGAAGGCUCCCUCUUCCGAGCUUUUCCUUACUUCGUGGAAAGAGCCACGUGUGGCAGUGGCACCCACUCAUGAGUUCGUGGGAGCGACAACCCAGGCGAAAGCAGGCGGAGGCAAACGCACCACCGUGAAGCCAGCACUCAGUGAAGUGGAGAGGCUGGUCCAGCCCGCAUCCAAAAGAGGCGGGACUACUGGGACCCCCCGCCCCCGAGGAGGGAGCACAGCAGAGCUUGACCAGGUAGCCAUGGAAGCUGUCUUGGCCAAACUGGCUGAUUCAACUCGCAGGGUCUAUGCAUCAGGCUGGAAGCAAUGGGCGUUGUACAAUGCCAGCUCGGGCACUCACCCGUUCCUUGACGGAGAAGAGCGCUCCGCUCGGACUGAAGACGAUACCCUGAUCCACUGGUCGGGCGACCUCGGUUGUGGGCAGCGGUUGCGGGUCUACAACGUUGGGAAGGUCCUACAGCCCCAUCGGUGGCGCAGCCCUGAAGACGAGGCGCCUUUGUUCCGCUAUGAAGACGGGACGGGGCUUGACAGAGAGGGCAUCACCCAUUUCAUCAAGAUAGCUGCAUUGGCCGUAUCGUUUGCAGUGAAGGCUGGUGCUAUGGAUGCUACUGAUGAAAGUGCCGAUGGGGGACGAAAGCCAGCAGCUCCAGAUCGAGCCAAUGCAGCGAACCUCUUUGUAGCAGCUCACCCAGGACUAGAUCUUUAUCAAUUCCUGGGUGUUCCACCCGGUGCGACUCCAGCUCAGGUGCUCACCGCAUAUCGUCGCAGGUCCCGUGAGACUCAUCCAGACCGCUUUGCAACUGCUGGGGAAGAUGUCCAGAAAGCCAAAGGAGAGGAGUUUAAGAUGUUGGGAAUGGUCCGAGAGAUCCUCUUGGAUCCACUGAUGGCCACUCAAUACAUGAGGUGGAGACAAGAGCAAAUUGCUGCAAAGCAUGGGCGAGGCCGUUCCCCAGUUGUUCCAGCUGGUGUCUAUGCCAAGCAAGCUUCAUCAUUCCAACAAGCCAGAUCAAGUUUUGAUCGGUCCUCCACUCCUGCUGGCGCAGGAGCCAGCAGCUCGGGAGGAGCAGGCCGGGAGGUGCCUCGUAAACCGCCCCCCCCUUCACAGGGAUAUCCUGGAGGAGGAGCGCAAGGAGGACCGCCCCCAGCCAAAGCCCCUCCUGCUCCAGCAGGGACCGCGCAAAAGCCAAGGAAACCUCCACCGCCCGCGAAUCCGCCUACUCCGAGCUCAAGUGCGAAGCCAAGGAAAGCACCGCCACCAAGAAAUGAUGAUGGGAGGCCCAGAGGACCUACCACCCCACCAAUGCAAAAAAUGGCACCCACGCAAGCUAUUCCAAAGGGAGCACCGCCAACACCGGCCAAGCAUUUCCCCAGGGCGACCCAACCAUACACUGGAGGGGGCAUGGUGGACGAUUUGCGAGUUCCUCGCAUCGCACUGGCAGAUGCAGGGGUGAAACGAUCAGACGCUCCGUCUGAGUCUUGGUGGUCAGAGACGUCAUCCAGAUAUAGGGCCCCUUCGAGCUGGUUGGAGCCCGGGUCUGAGCCUUGGGUCGAAGAUGACCUUCCACCGGAGAGCACCGUCCCAGACAACGAGGAUGACUAUGUGUAUGUUGAGGUGGAAGCUGAAGACGAUGACAUGGACAUCCUCCAAGACCACCAAUUCGAUGAAGAAGAUUGGGACGAGCCGGCAUGGGAAGAGCUCCCUGAGGAGGGGACCGGGUCUGAGCAAGUCUUCCAAACCUUCGAUCAAGCCGUGAUGCAAGGACUGCUCCAGUUCAUGGAUUUCGUGAACAGAGGACGGGCCAAGAUGCUGAUUGAAGGUGCUCCACCUAUGACUUCUGUCCCAAAAGAGGUCCGGGAGGCAUGUUUGGGAGACCAUCCGGGGCUUCUAAAAAUGCAUCCCAGCGCAAAAGCAUGGCUAAUGGCAGGGACGAAAGGUGUCGAAUUCAAGAAGCCACCACCUCCUAAGCCUCCCAUGCUUUCGGCUCCCCCAAAGGUGGCUCCGCCGCCACUUCCAAAGCCAGCUCAUCCAGAACAGGUACCUGAGCCAAAGGAGCCGCCGAAAGCCCUAGCCCCCAAACCAGUUCCUCCAGUGCUGAUGCAGAAGACACCAGCACCAAAGAAGCCCCCUCCGCCACUGCCAGCAGCCAACUAUGCCAUGCCGGCAAGAGCUAUGGGACUCGGUUCAGGCGCAACAGCAUCAUCUUCUGAGGGCGCUCCGCCCACUGAGGUGAACCACUUUGGGUUUGACGAGUCUGAAGUCGACUAUGGUGAUGACGAUGAUCGAACCCCUGAGGAGAAGGCAGAAGAUGAGGAGCUGCUCGAGAAGACCAAGACGAAAGUGGAAGCUUUCCUGCGAGCACCCCCAGAGAUGAGGAAGACGCUUCGCUCCCAAGCAUGGAAGCGGUGCAAGAGCAAACUGGAGGAGCUCAACUUUGAGUUCAGCACUCGUCCACUGCCCGAAAUGCACCCAGGCAAAUUCGAGAAGGAUCUCAAGGAUGGCUUCACCUAUGCGGAGGCCAAACAACGCCAAAAGGGCCGGCAACGGGCCGCCCGACAUCAGCGAGCCUUGGCUGAAAUGGAGGGUGCCUCCUUUGAGGAUUUCCCGAAAUCCUGGUCACAUGGGUAUUCCAAGCAAGUCCUGAAGCCGGGUUUCCUCGAAGAGAAGAACAAGGAGCGGGCCCGCCGAAAAGCUACAAAGGCCAACUAUCGAUCCGAUAGAUCACGCAGCACUCCACCACCUCGCCAGUCAGCUGCUCCAGCUGCUGCAUCCAACCAGGCUGAAGCUGAAAGCACGGCCAACUGGGAAGCAGGAAGUCAAUGGCACGACUGGCAAGCGAGACGCAGCAGUGAGUGGCAACGGCAUCAACCAGAUGUCACACAACGGAGAGAUGCAAAUGCCGCAGACGAUGACAACUGGGGCAACUGGACCAGAGAUGGGCAACGAGGCAGCAACCAAGAUGGCUGGUCCAGCUAUGACUAUGGAAACCAUCAGGAUCGACAGUGGAACCAGUGA